AUGUCUGCACUUGAUAGGUUCACCUCUCCAAGUACUGCAACGAGAUUCGAAUUUGAUGCCUAUUAUCAUGCUAAAAGUUUUCUCUCCUCACCAUUUACUCUGUUCCUUAAAAAUAGAUCUUGCUCGUAUUAUCAUCCCGAAAUUAAUUGCACAGAGCUGAAUAAGAUCUUAUCCUUUGGCAGUAAUCAUGCCAAGUUUGGCCAAUGGAUAACAUGGAAAGAUUUAAAGCUUAAAACUAGUCAUUGUGAGGAGGAGAUUUUACUUGUUGAUUAUUUUGCAAAUAAUUUAACAUUACCAACUGCUGUUGUGGAUAGUAAUGUAACAGAGAUCAUGGUUCAACACUUGAAGGAGUUGGAUGGUGCAGUUCUUGUUUGUGAAUUUAGCGUUGAGAAGACUGAUGCAGAGUUUGAUGUAUGCUUGUCAUUCUUUCAAGUAGAUGCCACAAUAUUGAAACGUAUCAGCUCUUCAUUCCAAAUAGUUCAAGAUCUGUUCAAAUAUGAAGAGUACGGUAGAUGUGGACUUAUUUUUGAGCUAUUGGAUGAGUAUUUUGUAGAUGUACUUUUUUCUAUUGAUGGAAUUGAGUGGAAUAUCAUUAACAGAGGAAGUGACUGGAAAUUAAUUCAAAAAGAUCCAAGCCAAUACAUUUUUGUGACUCCAAAGUUAGAAAGUGAAAGGGAGUACUUUUUCAAACUUGUGGUCAUUUCAAAGAGAAAUACGUGGAUAUAUCAUGACUUGGGUCAAUUAUAUCCAGAAUCAGUACUUUCUUCAGGUCUGUUGCCCUCAUUGGUCAAUGAAAAUGUAAAACAUAUUGUUGAUGGUUGUGUCCUUGCUUCAACUCAUCCAAACAUGUUCCACCUUAAAUUUGAUAAUUAUCCACUCUUUCACCUAGGUUGCUCAAUUGUAAAAUCCCCAGCGUUCCAUAAUGAAUUGAAUUCAGCGUUGCAAGUUGUAGUAGAAGCAAGUGCUAUUAAGAAAUAUGAAGAACCAUUGUGGAAAGAAAUAACUCCAGUUGGGCAUGAACUAAACUCUGAACAAUUGAAAUCAUCAGCUAUAGAUACAAAAGCAAGUUACAAAGCACGAUUGUUUAUUGCUUGUAAGUUUGAUCGUUUCAGAAUUGGAAAUAUUACACCAAAAAGCAACCCAGUGACCAUUCCGAGUUCAUUAAUGAUGUGGAAUGAGAUACCACAUGUAGGCGAACUCUCUAUGGUUCAUGAUACAUUCCUUAAAUUAACUUCAAAGACACCAAUAUUUUUCGUCUUCCUUCCACAAGAUGCCUAUUCCAAGUUAUACAAUUUUACAAUUCAAGCAAGGUUAAAAAGGUCAAAUAAUGAAUCAGAUUGGGUCACUUUAGAUACUGAACCUGCAGUUACUGGAUUCCAUUUAAAAAUGCAAGGCAAUGUUGUAAAAUGCUCAGCUAAAUCCCAUCAAUUAUUAGAGUAUGGAAAAAUAUACUCUGUUAGAAUAAUGGCAAGCUAUAACAAUUGCAGACCUAUUAUUGUAAAGGAAUUUUCAAAGACCAUUCCCAAGUUUAAUUAUAUUCCUAAUCUCACAACUGAUAUUUUGGAAAGAAACGGAGGAAUGUUGAUUUUCAAUACUGAAAGUUAUUAUAUUUAUUUAAUGUUGGAUGGCACUAUUAUAAUAGUUGAUCCAACUGUAAAAUAUCAGUGGAAUGAUACUAGAAUGUUUGUUGGAACCUUUAGAUUUUGUGAUUUGUUGGAUGAAAAUGUAAUGAGACCAUUCUUCCUCCAAUCAUUUGCUACUAUUAAUGAUGAAAUGGUGGAUGAAGUAAUUGACACAUCAAAAUGGCAAUUGAUUACUCGUGUGGAAGCAACAAUUGACCAUCAUCCAACCCACAAUCUUAGACUUCCAAAAGAAACUUUUAAUUAUUACUUUGAUAUUAUUUUCGAUCACGAAUUGAAGAAAUACCAACUCGUAGAUAAAUCCGAGCUCUUUGGUGAUGUACAUCGAGUAGUUAGUGUCAAAUGGAGAAAUGAAGAGCUUUCCAAUGCCAUUAUAAUGGAUUAUUACUCUCAUUCUAGUCAAUUAGAUCAACGGAGAAUAUGUGGGGUCAAUCACGAGAAUGAAUAUCCUCAAAGAGCAAUUCAAUGGUAUUCUGAUUUUUAUAUACAAAAUAGAAUACAAUUUAGUGAUAUGACUUUUGAUUUUACAAAUUAG